UGCAGUCUCCAUCGCUGUCGCUGCCACAACCACAGGAAGUGAGCCACAGAGCCACGCCAUCUACAGGCUCCAACCUCCAGCUCACCACAGCCCAGGGAUGCAGGGGAGGUCCCAGCAAGUGGCCACGCCAGCUGCUGCCCUUCUCCCCUGGCCAUUGACACAUCUGGUUCACCUCAGCAUCCCUAGGUGUUAUGAGGAGGGCAGAGUGUAGCCAGCCCUGGCCUGGGAAUGCACCAACAUGGGGUCCCUGCUGUGGUCAUGGACAUGUUCACCCAUGUGGACAUCUUCAAAGACCUGCUGGACGCCGGCUUCAAGAGGAAAGCAGCUUUGUACAUCAUCGUGGACGAGAGUAAAGUCAAGUACGUUCUGCAUAUGUGUGAGCGGACCCGCAUGCACCUGGGGCACCUCAAGGCAUCCUCUGAAGAUCUUGAAAUGUAUCCCCUAUGGAUAAAGGAGGACUACUAUAUUCUCAAUGGAUUUUGCAAGAAGAAAAUUAAUCAUUCACAAAAUAUUUUAACCUUAGAAUUUAAAUAAAUGUGUAUAUUCUCUACAAGUUAAACACAAAUAUUGUAAUAACCUAUGGCCACUUUUUCUUAUUUUUAUGCCAUUUGAGUAAUGACUGGUAUUGAUUUGCUGAGGUUCAAAUUUCGAAUUCUAGUUUUUCUUAAACAUGACUUAUAUUAAUAAGAA